GGGCAGAACCUGAUAAAUCAUCCUGAGUACUGAGCUUGAGUGCAUUCUUCUAAGUAAAAGAAAUCCCUUAAUUUCAUCACACUUUCCUUCUUUUCCAACAGAAAAUGUCUUGCUGUGGAGGAAACUGUGGCUGCGGCUCUGGAUGCAAGUGCGGCAGUGGCUGCAAUGGAUGCAGCAUGUACCCAGACUUGAGUUUCUCCGAGACCACCACAAGUCAGACAAUCAUUGCUGGUGUAGCUCCAGUUAGGAUGUUCUACGAGAGCUCUGAGAUGAACUUUGGUGCUGAGAAUGGCUGCAAAUGUGGAUCAAACUGCACCUGUGAUCCAUGCUCCUGCAAAUGAGAAAACGUCGCCGCAUGGCUCCAACCAAGCAGUUUUAUGGAACUAUAAUAAAUAAAAAGAAGAAGUCUGGUCACUCCAUGUUUGUCUAAUAUAGUAUUUGCUGUAAAUUAAAGUACAGUUAGCUAGCCAUGGCCUCCUCAAAUCCUUUCUACAGGAUCUCAUUUGAUGGCUAGUAAUCUGUAAGUGUCUUGUAUUUCCUGCUGCUUUGUUGGUUCCAUUCCAUGGAAUUAUGUAUCUUUAAUCGGAAGCUUGAUUCUGCUUUUA